UGUACGCUUGUACCUCAAAAUCAUCCCUCCUUUAGUUAUUUUGAAGGUAUAGAAAUAUGUCAUGGUGGUGUUUCCUCAUCGUCUUCUUGUUUUCGUUUCAAACUUGUUUCCUUUCUUCUCCUUCUGCCCAAUUAUGUCUUCACGAUGAGAAGUUUGCUCUGCUACAAUUUAAGCAAAAGCACUAUGCUGUCAAUUCAUAUUCAGAUUACUACCAUCCUCUCGAGUCCUGGAAUAAGCCCAAUACUGAUUGCUGCUACUGGGAAGGCAUCACUUGCAAUGGCACCACUGGUCAUGUAGUUGGCCUUGACCUCCCUGAUUCAUCACUCAAUGGUUCUAUCCACUCCAAUAGCACCCUCUUUCAUCUUCGUCACCUUCGAAUGCUUAACCUCUUUUGGAAUCAAUUCGACUACUUUGCUCCAUCCGGGUUUGAUAAACUCUCCAGGUUAACACAUCUCAACUUUUCUGGUAACUCUUUUUCUGGACAAAUUCCAUCACAGAUAGCACAACUCACAGAUUUGGUUUCUCUUGAUCUUUCUUCGAACAAUUUUGGGGGCCAAAUCCCAUCUGAAAUCUCACAACUGACCAAGUUGGUUUUCCUUGACCUCUCUGACAACAAUUAUAAUAGUAUUUCCCAACUUGAAAUCCCUAAUUUGAGAGCAUUUGUUCAAAACCUAUCUAGGUUGAGAGAAUUGCGUCUUGAUGGGGUGGACUUGUCAGAUAAAAAAAAUAGAGAUUGGUGUCGUCACUUGUCAUCCGCACUCCCUAAUCUUCAUGUGCUAUCGAUGAGGAAUUGUUCACUUACAGACCCCUUGGAUGCAUCCAUCUCAAACCUUCGUUUCCUUUCGGAGCUCUACCUUAGUGAGAACCAAGAUAUCUCUUCCACAGUACCCAGUUCUUUGGUGAACCUCACUUCUUUGACUGUCCUUAGUCUCUACCAAUGUGGAUUCCAUGGAGAUUUUCCGAGCAAUGUUUUCCUUCAACCUAACCUGAUACAGAUUGACUUAUCUGGUAAUCCUCUCCUCUCAGUUCAGUUGCCUGAAUUUCCCCAAGUCAACAACAGUUCUCUUCAAUAUCUGGAUGCUAGCAGCACGAAAUUCCAACGGAAGUUUCUAAGUUCAAUUGGAAAUCUCAAGUUUUUGAAGGAAUUAUAUCUCUGGGGUUGCAACUUGUCUGGACCAAUCCCACCUUCUCUUGCAAACCUUACAAACCUUGCAAGUUUAGAUCUCAUGUCGAAUAAUCUCAGUGGUCAAAUUCCUUCCUUUUUCAGGGGUAGCUUUUCCAAUCUUGAGUAUUUAUUGUUGGGGGAAAAUUUACUCCAAGGGCCAAUCUAUUCUUAUUUGUUUUCACACUCACUCCCAUCAUUGAGUUUGCUGGACUUGUCUGAAAAUCAAUUCAGUGGGGUCAUAAUAAAUGAGGAGCCUAAUCACAACAUUUCUUCUUUUUAUAGUCCACAUGUACUUUCCAAAAGUAAAGCAACACCUCUGUUAGUGGACCUUUCAUUCAAUGACUUUGGCCACAUGGUAGAAGAUACAAAUCAUUCCUACGAUGGCCGCCACAACUUUGUCAACACUAGUCGAAUUCAGGGAUUGGUGAUGAUAUCUUGCAAUAUUAGUCAAAUCCCAGAAUUCUUUAGGAACCGAAAGGAAUUGGAUUGGCUAUACCUUUCUUCCCAUAGAAUUAGCAAAUUCCCAGACUUCCUUAGGGACCUAAAGUCAUUGCGUCAUCUAAGUUUCUCUAGUAAUAGAAUUGAUGGUGCAAUACCCAAAUGGAUAUGGCAAUUUCAGAAUUUGUCAUAUCUAGACCUUUCUAAUAACUCCUUGACAGGUCUGGAAUUGCCAUUACCACCUAAUAGUCACUCCUUCAACAUUGAGCAUCUUGAUCUUGACUCAAAUAAGAUACAAGACUGUCUUCCAACAGCUCCAUGCUCUUCACAGACAUUCAAUCAAUCUAACAGUGAUCAGUUUGUGUCUCCAAUCUUAGGGAAUCUCACAUCCCUUCUCUCUAAAGCGACUUUCUACUUUUCAAUUUCAAAUAACAAAUUAACUGGAAAAAUCCCUUUGUCAAUCUGCAAUGCAAGGAAUCUAGAUAUUUUGGAUUUAUCCAAUAACCAGUUGAGUGGCACCAUUCCAACAUGCCUUGCCAGUAGCACCAAUUUGGAGGUACUAAAUUUGGAGAGCAACAAAUUACAUGGACCGAUUCCUCCUACUUUCAAAAAUGGAUGCAUUCUACAUACACUCAAGCUCAACAAUAAUACACUUCAAGGAAAAGUUCCAAGAUCACUGGGCAACUGCAAGGAGCUGAAGGUGUUAGAUAUUGGGUACAACCAGUUGAAUGGUAGCUUCCCAUAUUGGUUUGAAAAUCUCUCUGAAUUGCAUGUUCUUGUCAUGAGAUCUAACAACUUUGGUGGUUCCAUUGGACAACUUUCCCAUGUUGAUUCUCCCUUCCCAAGUCUACAUGUCGUUGAUCUCUCUUUCAAUGCUUUUACGGGAGACUUACCGUGGCAAUAUAUUCUUCAUUGGAAGGCAAUGAUGACUGUUGAGAAUAAUUCAGAUUUGAAUUACCUCUACUUUCAAGCAAAGUCUAAUCCCAGUAGUUACUAUCUAGACACAGUUGCUAUUGCGUACAAGGGACUAUACUUGGAAAUGCCAGGAAUUUUAACCACCCUCAUCACCAUAGAUCUAUCCAACAACUACUUCAAAGGAGAGAUUCCAGAUACUUUGGGCAAUUUAAAAGCACUUAAGGUCCUCAACUUGUCAGGAAAUAGCCUCACAGGUCAAAUUCCAUUUUCCUUGGGGAAUCUAAGCGAACUCGAGUCGUUAGAUCUUUCAAGAAACAAACUUUCAGGAAAAAUCCCAAGGCAAUUGACAAGUUUGACCUUCCUUUCAGUCUUGAAUGUAUCAUAUAAUAAUCUCGUAGGAGGUAUACCACAAGGGAGCCAAUUUGACACAUUUUCAAAUGCUUCCUAUGAGGGAAAUGCAGGUCUAUGUGGGUUGCCUUUGUCAAGGAAGUGUGGAAUAACUGAGAAAGCAUUACCUCCAGCAUCAACGUCCCAACAAAAUGAUGAUUCAACAAGUCUACUUGAUUGGAAAUUUGUCGUAGCUGGGUAUUGCUCUGGUUUAAUAAUUGGACUGGUUGCAGGACAACAAUUGUUUUGGAGAAACAACCGAUACUUUGGAUUUAUUUUCAGAAUCAAAGGAUCCAAGCAGAAGAAAGGAUUAAAGAAGAAACACCACAACAGAAGGAAAUGAAUCAACGUUAAGCAUUAGAAUAAAUGAGAUUUUAGUAUUGUGCCAUAAUAUAUAAAGUGUAUCCUCUUUUAUUUUUAGUUAAGUUUCUUUCUAUUUAGUGAGUUUGGGUUCUCUCUGUUGAUUGCAAUGCCGAAGGUGAGGAUCCCCUUUCUCUUUGCAUUUUGUAUUCGUUUGGGCAUAGUUAAUUUUGUAUCUCUUCUUCUAUUUCUUUCU